GUGCUGCGAGCCGCGCUGGGAAGGGACGGCCCAAAAUGGCGGCGGGAGAGGCGCCGGGGCGCCCGGCCGAGCAGGAGGAGGCGGCGGAGGCACCGGCGGCGGAGGAGGAGGCGGCGGCGCGGAGCUUCAAGGAGCUGGGAGUGACAGAUGUCCUGUGUGAAGCUUGUGACCAGUUAGGAUGGAAGGUACCAACAAAGAUUCAAGUUGAGGCUAUUCCCGUGGCUCUGCAAGGUAGAGAUAUAAUUGGACUGGCAGAAACUGGCUCUGGUAAAACAGGAGCUUUUGCUUUGCCAAUUCUUCAAGCACUGCUGGAGGCACCUCAACGAUUAUUUGCUCUUGUCCUCACACCAACAAGGGAGCUGGCCUUCCAAAUCUCAGAGCAGUUUGAAGCUCUUGGAUCUUCCAUUGGUGUCCACAGCGCGGUUAUUGUGGGUGGAAUUGACACGAUGUCUCAAUCUCUGGCUUUAGCCAAGAAACCACAUAUUAUAAUUGCAACCCCUGGCCGUCUAGUUGAUCAUCUGGAGAACACAAAGGGCUUCAACUUACGAGCUCUGAAAUUCUUAGUGAUGGAUGAAGCUGACCGGAUCCUCAACAUGGAUUUUGAGACAGAGGUAGAUAAGAUACUGAAAGUGAUUCCUCGAGACAGGAAGACAUUCCUGUUUUCUGCCACUAUGACCAAGCAGGUUCAAAAACUCCAGCGUGCUGCUCUGAAGAAUCCUGUUAAAUGUGCUGUUUCUUCCAAAUAUCAGACAGUUGAAAAACUACAGCAGUACUACAUUUUCAUCCCAUCCAAAUUCAAGGACAGCUACUUGGUUUAUAUCUUGAAUGAACUAGCUGGAAAUUCUUUCAUGAUAUUCUGUAGCACAUGUAACAAUACUCAGAGGACUGCUCUGCUGCUCCGAAACCUGGGGUUCACUGCCAUUCCGCUUCACGGGCAGAUGAGUCAGAACAAACGCUUGGGCUCUCUAAACAAGUUCAAGGCAAAGGCACGUUCUAUUCUGCUGGCUACUGAUGUUGCAAGCAGAGGUCUGGAUAUCCCACACGUAGAUGUGGUGAUAAACUUUGAUAUUCCUACGCACUCUAAGGAUUACAUUCAUCGUGUUGGGAGAACAGCUCGAGCUGGGAGGUCUGGAAAAUCUAUCACCUUUGUCACACAGUAUGAUGUAGAGCUGUUUCAACGCAUUGAACACCUGAUUGGCAAGAAGCUGCCAGCAUUCCCCAUGCAAGAGGAGGAGGUUAUGAUGCUGACAGAACGUGUGGCUGAGGCCCAGAGAUUUGCUCGAAUGGAGCUGCGGGAGCAGGGAGAGAAGAAGCGAUCUCGGAAUGGUGAUGAUGAUGACACAGAAGAAGCUCUUGGUGUCAGGAAAAAGGUGACAGGUGGGAAAAAGAAGAAACGGAAAGCCUUCUAGCUCAGUGUUUGGACAAACUUUUACCUUCUUCUUUAUGGCUACAUGAGCUUGGCAAAAACGACCUUCAGCAUCCAUCUCCAGUGGAUUUUUUUUUUUUCUGGACUGCUUAACAUUUAAUUGGGUAGUCCAGAUGGAAACUACCUUCCACUCUUCUGCUUUGCAAGUUACAGACUGAGCUUGGUCCAUUGUGGUACCAUGGGGUCAGUCUUCCUUCCAGAGACACCAGACCAUCUCCUCAGGGCAUGGAAGCAGAUGUGGUUUGGACCCAAAGAGGUCCAGGGUGGUGCAACUUUCCUUUUGCUGCAGCCUGUGUCUCACAACCCAAACUCACCGAGUACAUAUGGAAUCAAAUAGGUCUGUCAGAAGGAAGAGAUGAAAAAGUUAAAAGAAGUAACUGAGUUUCCACAGCACAGUUGUGAUGAUUUUGCCUUAGAGAAGGGACAUGUGACAUGGACAACUCCAAAUAUAGCUUAAUUUUAAAGCUAA